AUGGUGACAGUGAACACAGACGCCAUGGAUAGAGACACGUCCAGGUGUAAAAUUGUCCUCACCAUGGUGGUCUCUGGAGUAGAGUGCAUGACUGGCAUGAUUGGGAAUGGCUUCAUCAAUGCCAUCCAGGGGGCCGAGUGGGCCAGAGGCAAAAGGCUCCCUGUGAGUGACUGUAUCCUGUUGAAACUGAGCUUCUCCAGGCUUUUGCUGCAGAUCUGGAUGAUGCUGGAGAAUAUUUACAGUCUAUUCUUCCUGGUCACUUACAACCAAAACACAGUGUUUAUAAUCUUCAAAAUCACCAUGUUUCUGAACUAUUCCAACCUCUGGCUUGCUGCCUGGCUCAACAUCGUCUCUUGCCUUCGAAUUGCAAACUUUGCUCACUGUUUGUUCUCCAUGAUGAAGAGGAAAAUCAGAGAGAUGAUGCCUCGGCUUCUGGGGCUGUCACUGUUCAUCUCCUUAUGCUUCAGCUUUCGCUUCUCUAAAGAUAUCUUCAAUGUGUACAUAAAUAGUUCCGUUCCUAUCCCCUCCUCCAACACCACUGAGAAGAAGUACUUCUCUGAGACUAACAUGGUCAACCUGGUUUUUCUCUAUAACCUGGGGAUCUUCAUUCCUCUGAUCAUGUUCAUCUCUGCAGCCACUCUGCUGAUCAUCUCUCUCAAGAGAUACACCCUACACAAGAUACACCCUACACAUGCCACUGGCUUCAGGGACCCCAGCAUGGAGGCUCACAUGGGGGCGAUCAAAGCUAUCAGCUACUUUCUCAUUUUCUAUAUUUUCAAUGCAGUUGCUCUAUUCAUUUCCAUGUCCAACAUCUUUGACGUCAACAAUUCCUGGAAUAUUUUGUGCAAAAUCGUCAUGGCUGCUUACCCAGCUGGCCACUCAGUGCUACUGAUCUUGGGCAACCCUGGGCUGAGAAGAGCCUGGAAGAGGUUUCAGCACCGUGUUCAUCUUCAUCUAUAA